ACUCGUUCGAUCAUCUCCUCCGCCGUCGAUACGAUGUCGGCGGCCCUCCGCCGCGUCCUCACAGUCUUCGAACGGUAUGGCGUUCUCUCUCCGCCGCAGCUUCCUCCCAUCUUCUUCACCGUGAAUCGCGCAUCACUCUGUGCACACCUAUCCUCCUCCUCUUCUUCAUCUCCGUCCGAGGCACCGAACCCACCGGAAUCACCGAUCGACCCGAGUAGAACCCGAACCCGCAGCCGGACUCCGCUUGAGAUCCAAUUCGAGACUUGGAUCCAGAAUCUGAAGCCAGGGUUCACUCACGGGGACGUUGUGGUGGCGUUGCGGGCACAAUCCGACCCGGAUCUGGCCUUCGACAUUUUCCGAUGGACUGCUCAACAGAGAGGCUACAAGCACAACCACGAGACUUACCGUACAAUGAUCAAGCUCCUUACCAGCGGAAAACGGUACAAACACGCCGAAACCCUAAUCGAGGAGGUAAUCGCCGGUGCGUGUGAAAUGAGUGUUCCUCUCUACAACUCCAUCAUCCGAUUCUGCUGUGGCCGUAAGUUCUUGUUUAACCGAGCUUUUGAUGUUUACAAGAAGAUGCUCCGGUCGGAAAACUCCAAACCGAACCUGCAAACGUAUACUUUGCUUCUGAAUUCGCUGUUGAAGAGAUUCAACAAGUUGCAUGUGUGUUAUGUGUACUUGCACGCUGUUAGAUCGAUGACGAAGCAGAUGAAAACGGUAGGGGUGAUUCCGGAUACAUUUGUGUUGAACAUGAUUAUAAAAGCUUACUCUAAGUGUCUUGAGGUAGAUGAAGCCAUAAGGGUUUUUCGGGAAAUGGGUUUGUACGGCUGCGAGCCGAAUGCCUAUACGUAUGGUUACAUAACAAAGGGGCUGUGUGAGAAACGAAGGGUUGGUCAGGGUUUAGGGUUUUACAAGGAGAUGAGGAGCAAAGGGAUGGUGCCAAAUGGGAGUUGUUAUAUGGUUUUGAUCUGCAGUCUUGCGAUGGAACGAAGACUGGAUGAUGCCGCUGAGGUUGUGUUUGACAUGUUGGGGAAUUCAAUGUCUCCAGAUUUGUUGACGUAUAAGACAGUUUUGACGGAGUUGUGCAGGGAAAGGAGGGGGAAUGAAGCUCUUGAGUUACUCGAGGAAUGGAAGAAGAAGGAUUUGGUGAUGGGCGAAAGGAAUUACAGAUCUUUGUUGGACGAAGUCUAUUUCAUGAACAAGGGUUAAACCCAGUUACUGAAUCUGAUGAAUGAUUGAAUUGCUCGCUCGGGCGAAAUAACUCGGCUUACAAUAGGGAGUAAUGGAUCUCUUUUACACCCUUGGAGCCAUCCACAUCGUGCUGGUUAUCAAGUUUGAUCUUCAGAACUCUGCUUUGUUUGCACAUUACAGACCCGAUUUCCAACGGAAUGGAGCUUGUGAUUGUGAAGACUCUCGGUCAGGGGAGUAUUUUAGUUUCGAGAUUUGCAAUUCGGAUACGUUUUCUGGCCUUCCCUUACGAGAAGAGAGAGUGCUUCUUCUUUCUUACAGUCUGUUCUGUUCUUGGCGAUUUUCUGUAAGAGAUUUGUCAUGACUCCAAGGCUGCGGAUGAAGUCUAUUUAUCAGCUGAGACUAUGUCUCUCUCUGAAUAUCCAUCAUUUGCAAUUUGAUUAUACGCAGAACUCCAACUUGUUGAUCUCUUUUGUUAUCUGUAACAUAGAACCCUAAUUUUCUUGUGUCCUUGUUGGUGCUACUGUGAGGAUCUGAGAUACAAUGUGAGUCUGGUUCUUGGUUCA